AUGGAUAAAGCUAAUCCUUCAGAAGAGAGUAAAAAUGAUUUCAAUGAAUUGAACAAGUUAAUCUCGAAAAUAAUUUCAAAAAUCAAAGAAAUUCUACAAUUCGGAAGUAAUUUUAAAACACAAAUUACCAAUUCGCCUAGUUUCAAGAACAUUUCAAAUAUGCAAAAAAUAAUUACAACUGUAGAUGAAGUGCAAACGGAACAUAAUAACCUCGAAAAUUAUCGUAUAAUAAAACAUGAAAGUGGCAAAUUUCUGAACAAAUUCAAAAGAAUAAUUAAUUAUGAUGAAAUUAAAAAAAAUUUGAAUGAAAUAGAUAAAAACGUAAAUAAACUUAGAGAAAUGGAAUCAAACCGUAACAAAGUUCAUUCUGACAACGCUAAAGCUAUUAGUUCCUCUUCUUAUGAAUCAACUACCGAAAAUCAACUCAAAGAUUGGAAAAAUGGGAAUUCAAUCACAUCCGAAACAAAUUCUGAUGACGUUACAACCAUUAGUCCUUCUUCUAAUGAUUCAACUACCGAGAAGGAAUACUAUUUCAACCAAGAUUGCAAAAAUUGUUAUGAUGUCUGUGUUAAUUGUGAUUCAAGCAGUUUGGAAAGCUAUAAAAGUUCCAGUUCAGAAGAAUGUUACGAAUAUUCAGACGAAAAAUCUCAAACACUUGAGUGUUCUUAA